GAUACUAUUAGUCUAUUACAAUAACUAAAUUGUUUUUUGCAGGCAGUAAGUUUUGGGAAAAUGCUCUAAUUUUCUUGGCAGAAGAUGAGAGUUGACAUCCUGUUAGACAGCCUUGUUGUUGUGAAAGAGUAAAUUCAUAGACCACAAGGAAUAUAUUCAUUGAGGGAUGGGUGUGACAUAGCAACUCAAUAUGGCAGUUUGAGGUGGCACUUUGUAAAUAAAGUAGCUGUUCUUUAUCAAUUUGGAUGAAAUAGCAACCUUUUCUGCUGCAGCUGGAAAAGUCAAAGAAGACAUAAAAUCCAGGAAACAUGGAGAAUGCCAACUUCACUCUCAGUGAUGAGAUCAAUGGGCCUCUACUAGCUGGAGCAAUAGGGAUAGUAACAGUAGUAGCACUUCUCACAAACUCAUUUGUACUCCUACUGACCCUCUGUCACUUCAAGGCUUGGAAACAGCCAUCAAACAUAUUCCUAACCAACAUGCUACUCAGCAAUCUUCUAAUCUCUGUAUUUCUCAUGCCACUCUGUGUUGUGACUUGUGCCACUGGUGAGUGGAUAACUGGUGCCACUGAUGCUCAAAAGCUAAAGACCUGCCAAGCCACUGCAUACAUAUUCCUCUACAACCUAAUCGUGGAGACAGAGAGCCUAACACUAAUAUCUCUAGACAGGCUCUUCUUUAUUGUCAAGUCGAUGGAGUAUCACAAGUACAUGUCUACCAAGAAAGCUCUUCUCAUUGUCCUGCUCUCUUGGCUGUUAGCAGCCAUACUGAGCACUCCGCCCUUUUAUGGGCUGGGGAGCUUUGAGUUUGCCGAGAGUUACGGGAUCUGUGUCCCUGGCUUUGAGGGCCAGCUGGGGUUCUCCAUAUAUCUCUUUCUCAUACUACUGAGUCUAGGGGGUAUCAUAGUGAUCUCGUCCACGUGGACUUUCUGUUACACGAGAAAUUUCCUGAGGAGAAGGAACUCAAGAAAAACAGCGAGAAACAGCGUGUACUUGUCUCAGAAGAGAAAACUCAUCGGACUCUUUGGGACGCUUGUCGUAAUACACAUACUCUGUUACAGUCUCAUGCUAAGUCUAGCAGUUUUUGGGCCGUUUUUUACCAUCUCCCCUCCGUGGUACGCCGCAGCGUUCUUCAUGCUACUACUAAUGACUAAUCUGAGCCCUUUAGCCCAGUCGUAUUUCAGGUACGAGGUUCGGAACUUUGUUCACAGUCUUUUUAUAAAGAUCGGGAUCGUAAAGCUACGUGCAUCCACCUUAGUGCAACAGGAAAGAACGGCGACGACCGAGCUGCCAUCUCCAACAGAAACAAGGAGAGAUACCAUCCACUCAACGAACUGCCAGUUUCUUAACGGAGAAUCAGAGAUUGACAAACAUGUGGUAUGAUCAGUUUCACAGGCACAUACAGACACUAACUGAGUGAGUCUCAUUAUAUAAUAUAAAUAUGUGUAUAUAAUUAUGAGUGUACAUAUACAAAUUAAUUUUAUUUUCAGCUUUUAGUGGUUUUAAUGGUAAUUAUUAUUAACUUAAUAUCCCAUGAGAAAACUUAUACUUCAAA